AGUGUGUGUCCGGAUGAGCUCUCUGAGGGGUCUCACACACGGUGUUAUUCAGAGCUGUUUGGACCGGAAGUGGACUUCUGAUAAAGUGCUGUUUGGACCGGAAGUGGACUUCUGAUGGAGUUCUGGAUGAGGUUAUUAGCGCUAGCCUUAGCGCUGUUGCAGGCUCGCGCGCAGUUAAACCCUGCGCGCGAGACCGGCGGCUCCUCCCUCGCCUUCGUGUUUGACGUCACGGGGUCCAUGUACGACGACCUGCAGCAGGUGAUGGACGGAGCCUCGCGCAUCCUACAGCGCAUGCUCAGCCGCACGGACACGCCCAUCCGCAACUUCGUGCUCGUGCCCUUCCACGAUCCAGACAUCGGCCCCGUCUCCAUCACCAGCGACCCCAAACAGUUUCAGCACGACCUACAGGAGCUCUUCGUCCAGGGGGGAGGUGACUGUCCUGAGAUGAGUGUUGGAGCGAUACACGCUGCUCUGGAAGUUUCUUUGCCUGGAUCGUUUAUUUACGUUUUCACAGACGCGCGAGCUAAAGACUACAGACGUAAACAGGAAGUGCUGCAGCUGGUGCAGCUACGGCAAUCUCAGGUUGUGUUUGUGUUAACAGGUGAUUGUGGCGAUCGCUCUCAGCCUGGUUACAGAGUGUAUGAGGAGAUCGCAGCCACCAGCUCAGGACAGAUCCUCCACCUGGACAAACAGCAAGUUAAUGAGGUUUUGAAGUGGGUUGAGGAGACGGUCCAGGCCAUGAAGGUCCAUUUGCUCUCCUCAGACCACGAGCUUGGUCAGGAGACACAGUGGGAGUUGCCCUUUGACCCCAGCCUUAAGGAGGUAACCGUGUCUCUGAGUGGUCCAACGCCUCGCAUCGAGCUCAGAGAUCCACUCGGUCGUGUUGUUAGUGAGAGACAGGGACUGAGAGAGCUGCUGAACAUCCCCAACUCUGUCCUGGUGGUGAACCUGAGGAACCCUCGCCCUGGACUCUGGACACUGAAGGUGGUGUGUAGUGGGCGAUACACACUCCGGGUCACCGGGGUCAGUAACCUGGACUUCAGAGCCGGUUUCUCCACUUCAGCUGUGACUGAGUUCAGCAGGACCACGGAACGACCCGUCACAGGUCUUCCUGUACAUGUACUGUUGAAAUGUUCGGGGUUGGUCCCUCCUGGAGUGCUCAGCAGUGUGGUGUUAGUGUCUAAGCGUGGUGAGGAUCUGCUGAACGUUCCACUUCCUGUUCCUGUGGAUGGAGGAGCGGGCGGAGUGUGGAGCGUCCCCGAGAUACAAACUCCGCCUGAAGGAUUCUUCGUGAAGGUCAGGGGCAGAGACGGAGACGGGUACGACUUCCAUAGACUCUCAAGUGUUUUAUACACCAACAUCGUUCCAGUUGUUCCGGUGGUGGAGAUGCCGUCUGUCCUGCGCGGUGUGUUAACCCACAGUGUGUUAAUUGAGUGUAGUGUACAGAGUGACCUUCCGUUCACACUCACCUUCAGGAAGGACGGUGUGAUGCUGGGACACCAGAACAACCACCAGUCUUCCACCAAAGCAUCAUGGGAAAUUCCUGGUGUUUCUGUGGGAGAUGAGGGAGUGUACGAGUGUAUGGCACGGAGCACCGCAGGGGUGGGACGAGCUCUCACACACUUUACCGUCAUAGCGCCCCCUGUGUUAGAUCACAGUGUAUCUAAGGUUAUAGCUGCAGCUGGUGAGUCCGUCACGCUGCCAUGUGUUCUGAUGAACGGAACUCCACUUCCUGAGAUCGCCUGGACCCGUAAUGGACAGAAGGUCCAGAGUGAUGAGCGGAUCUCCGUUAGCAGCGACGGCAGUCUGCACAUGAAGAGAGCUGCCCCAGAGCAUGCUGGGAAAUACCAGUGCACUGCUGUGAAUGAGGCGGGGUCAGAGAACGUAACGGUCACGCUGGAGAUCCACAUUCCUCCUGUGAUCUCGGCUGCUGCUGCUCAUCAUGAAGCCGCUGAAGGAGUUUCUGUUUCUCUGCCGUGUGACACGACAGGAUUCCCCAAACCCUCCAUCACCUGGACCAAGGGUGACGAGCCUGUCUCCUCUCUCCAGCAGCCUGAUGGGAGUUUGUUGAUCAUCAGCACGACUGCAGCAGAUUCUGGACGUUACGUCUGUACAGCGAGCAGUACAGCUGGACAAUCGCACAGAGAGAUCACCCUCACUGUCCACUCAAAGCCCCGUAUCCUCGGAUCAUAUGAGCACGCAGAGGUCAUUAAUAGGACAGUGACGGAGGGGGCAGAGGUCAUCCUGCUGUGUGAGGUUGAGGGAAGCCCCGCCCCCACGGUGUCCUGGAGCCAUAAUGGACAGCUCCUUACACCAAUCACAGCCCGGGUCACGGUUUUGCCAAUGGGCUCUUUGAAGAUAAAAAAUGUUCAGCUGACGGACAGUAACAUUUACACCUGCACUGCAGAGAACCCAGCAGGAGUUACCACACUGACCUACAGUCUACACAUCCGGGUGCCGCCGAGGAUUCUGGGUCAGCAGGAGGAGGCCCUGAGUGCUGUAGAAGGUCACAUGAUCUCUCUCAUGUGUGAUGUACAAACACACCCGGCUUCCGAAAUCGCAUGGACAAGAGACGGGCAGCUGCUGAACCUCGGUUCCCGUGUUCACAUCCUAUCAGGUGGUAAGGUACUGCAGAUUUCUGGCGUGCUGCAGCAGGACGCGGGUCAGUAUGUCUGCACGGCGACCAACUCGGCAGGACAGGCCCAAAAGAGCAUCAUGCUGAAUGUUUAUGCCCCGCCCAUUCUUCUCCCACUGCCCCACACCGGGUCAGAGGUCAUGAGCCCUCAUAUAGGGUCGUCAGUUACACUAAGCUGUGAGGCGCAAGGUAUUCCUGUGCCUGAGGUCACAUGGUACAGAAAUGGCCAGAAGCUGACCUCUGGCAAAUUCAUUCAGCUUAUUGGACAAAAACUGACAAUAAACAGCAUGCAGGUGUCUGAUGAAGGUGUUUAUAUCUGUAAGGUGUUUAAUCCUGCAGGUCAGAUGGAGAGAACGUUUACUUUAACAGCUCACGCGUCUCCUGUAAUUGAAGGGUCAGUUCAUGAGAGCGUCACACACACUCUGGGGUCCCACAUCACUCUGGUGUGUGACGCAAGCGGAGUUCCUGCUUCAGCCGUGCGCUGGCUAAAGGAUGGCUCGACUUUCGGUAGCGAUAGUGUGUUGUCUUUAGGUCCACUGGAACUUUCACACAGCGGUGUUUACACCUGUAUUGCUCACAACAGUGAAGGAGAGAAACACAAAAACUACACACUGACCAUCCAGGUGCCUCCCAACAUCUUGAAUUCAGGUCCCUCUGAUGUUAGUGUUCUGUUGGGGGCGGAGCUGAUAUUGAUAUGUCAUGCAGAGGGCACGCCCACUCCACAGCUCACCUGGAUAAGAAACGGAGUGAAGCUCGACACCACCGAGCAUGUGCACGUCUCCACGGACGGGAGCGCAUUAACGUUAACGCUCCUGAACGUAACAGAAGAAGAUUCUGGAACAUACACGUGUUCAGCCAUCAGUCCUGCUGGACAGGAGAGCAGAACCUACAGUGUGUUUGUGCUGGUUCCUCCCUCUAUACUGAAACACUCCGCCGUCCCGCUGGACGUCCAGGCUGCUCAUGACGGUGUCGUGUCUCUGGAGUGUCGCGCGGUCGGCGUUCCUCCUCCUCAUAUCACCUGGAUGAAAGACGGAAAUCCACUGCAGCUCACACACCGAGUGGACCUGCACUCCACACACACACUCCUCAGGAUCUCUCCAGUGCAACUCUCUGACUCUGGACUCUACACCUGUUUGGCUCGCAGUAAAGCAGGAUUUGCAGAACAGCAGUUCCACCUAAAGGUUUCCGCCCCUGCCGUGGUGGAGCACACCGAGCCAGUGGAGCACAUUGUGAUAGUUCGAGGCUCGGUGGUGACGCUGGUGUGUGAGGCUCAUGGUGUUCCACCUCCAACCCUCACCUGGAUGAAGGACAGUGAGCCGCUUUCUCUGCACCAGAACAUGCUGCUGCAUGAUGCAGGGGAAACUCGCUUCCAGCUGCUAAAUGUUCAACGUGAGGAUGCUGGACUUUACAGCUGCUUUGCAAGGAACCCGGCUGGAACCAGCACCAAGACCUUCAACCUCACUGUGUUAGAGCCUCCCAAGAUAUCUAGCUCUCCGGGAGAGCAGGAGCUGAUGGUGGCGGUAAAUGGUGUUUUGGAGUUGAAGUGUGUUGCUGAUGGAUUUCCUCCACCCACUGUGAGCUGGAUAAAGGACGGACGCCCCCUAGAGGACAGCAGAGGUGUACUACACCAAGAUGGACAGAUUCUCACCAUCAGCAACAUUCAGGUGGAGGAUGCAGGUGUGUACACGUGUCUUGUCAGUAACCCAGCAGGAGAAGAUGGACAGAGUGUCUGGGUCCGCGUUCAGCCUCCUCCCACACUGCUGGGGUCGAGUGAUGUCACAACUGUGUCUGUGCCCUUUAAGGGUCAUGUGACUCUGGAGUGUCGGUCAGACGACGAGCCUCUUCCAGAGAUUCAGUGGAACAGAGACGGCGUUAAACUUCAGUCGGGAGGUCGGAUCCAGAGCCUCGCUGAGGGUCAGUAUUUAGAGAUCGGUGACGUGAGGAUGGAGGACGGAGGACUUUACAGCUGUGUCGUGUCCAACAUGGCUGGCAGCUCGAGCCUGCAGUUCAACAUACAGAUCCUCAUGCCCCCUGUCAUUAGAGAAGGCAGCUCAUUGGUCACUGCACAUGUCAAUCAGAAGGUGGUGCUGCCUUGUGAGGUGGAGGGAGACUCCGCCCCCACGGUCUUCUGGAGGAAAGAUGGAGUCCCAGUUCUCCUUGGCAACAGGUUUGUUUUGCUGCCGGACGGAUCGAUGCGAAUGGAAAAAGUGCAACUCAGUGACGCAGGCCGUUAUUCCUGCAGCGUGUCUAACGGAGCGGGGUCAGACCAGCGCAGCGUGGAGCUCAGAGUCUACGUCGCUCCCUCCAUCAACCCCGGCCCUUAUAACGUAACCAUGACGACAGGCCAGAGGGCUGUUUUAACCUGUGAGAGUUCAGGUGUCCCUGUUCCUCAAGUCAGCUGGAAGAAGAACGGACAAGCACUAAACACACACUCUGGAGCGUACAGGUUGAUGUCUUCAGGGUCUCUCCUCAUCGUUUCUCCGUCUCUGGAGGAUGAAGGAUAUUUCGAGUGCAUAGUGAGCAACAAGGUUGGAGAGGAGCGAAGGGUCAUCGAGGUCACGCUUCAAGUUCCUCCGUCCUUUGAGGAUGAUGUCACCAGUGUGACCGCCAUUAAGGCGGAGUCAGUGGUUUUACCGUGUCACGUCACAGGACGUCCAACACCGUCCAUCAGCUGGAGCAGGGGAGGGACAGCACUGGGCACAAGGAGGGGCAGUUACAGGACACUGCCCACAGGCAUGUUAGAGAUCCUGGCUGUGAAUCCAAUGCAUGCUGGCAGAUACACCUGCAAAGCACAAAACACAGCUGGAGUCGCACAGAAACACAUUAUUCUGUCUGUACACGAGGCUCCUGAGAUCAGAAACCUGCCUAAAGAAGUAACUGUGCUGCUGAAUCAGGAAGUUGUUCUAAACUGUGAUGUUCAUGGAUUCCCUAAACCCUCCGUGACGUGGGUCAAAGAUGGCGUUCCCAUAGCAACAGGUCAGCGUCUGGUGGUUCUGUCUGAUGGAACUCUGAGACUAUCUCAGGUCUCGCUGGGUGACGCAGGAACGUACUCGUGUCGGGCACAAAAUACAGCUGGAACCACAGAGAGCAAAACGCAGCUCAUCCUCCAGGUUCCUCCUGUUAUUUCUAUACCUCGUGAUGAAUACACACUCAGUGUUGGUGAGUCUGUCAGCGUCCCGUGUUCAGCACUCGGUCAGCCGGAGCCCGAGCUGCAGUGGCACAAAUUGGGUGGCGCUGUAAGGGGCGGAGCCGACCUGAUGACGUUCACUAAUGGAACACUGCACGUUAAAAACGCACAACUCAAACAUGCGGGUAUUUACACGUGCACGGCAUUGAGCAGCGCGGGGAGAGCGAGCCGUGACAUCACGCUGAGUGUCUAUGUUCCUCCCAAGAUUCUCGUUGGUGAGUCGGACGUGUCCGUCAUCCAGGGCUUCCAGAGUCUACUGCCGUGUUCAGCUCAAGGAGUUCCAGAACCCAAGAUUCACUGGGAGAAGAACGGAGACGUCAUCCAGAACCUGCGGGGAAAACUUACUGUCCUGAGGUCAGGAGAGCUAAUCAUUGAGAGAACCCAGCCCUCUGAUGCGGGUGUGUUCACGUGUGUGGCCGUGAAUGCAGCAGGUUCUUCACACCACAAAGUCCAGCUGUUUGUUCACAUGAGGCCAGAGUUUAAGGAGUCACCGAGCGACAUGACACUGAGGGUGGGGCAGAACCUGACCCUUAACUGCCACGCCCACUCUACCCCUCCCCCUGUCAUCACCUGGACUGUUAAUAAUAGGCCUUAUACAGGGCUCAGUGUGGAUGAAGUGGGUCGGAGUGUUCUGGUGAUUGUGAAUGUAACAGUGAGAGAUUCUGGAUCGUACGUGUGUACGGCGGAGAACAGAGUCGGCUCGGUCCGAGCGUUAGCCUUCAUCCGCAUCACAGAGCCUCCAGUUCUGAGAGGAGACAGCCAUGUGUCUCAGACUGUAUCUCGUGGUUCUGUGCUUAUGUUGGAUUGUCCUGUUAGAGGAAGUCCAGCUCCAGUGUUGCGCUGGUAUAAAGACGGCCGUCUGCUGCAGGUCACUGAGCAUCUUCACCGUCUCCAUAACGGCUCUCUCAUUCUGUACAGUGUCACGAACAGGGAUUCAGGAGAGUAUCGGUGUGUUGCUGAAAAUGAGGUGGGAGUUAUAGAGAGGACGAUAUCUCUGAAACUACAGGUUGCAGGAGGUUACUCUCACUGGGAGCAGUGGGGGCCCUGCAGUGUCACGUGUGGGCGUGGCCUCCAACAGCGGACUAGACUUUGCAACAACCCAGCACCGACCAAUGGAGGAGCAACAUGUGAGGGUCCAGAUACAGAGUCCAGGCAGUGCCAGACGUCCAUCUGUUCAGGAGACUCUCUUCGCAGGGCUCGUGCCAGUGUGAUCGGGGUGGUAAAUGAUCAUGAGUUUGGUGUUUCCUUCCUUGAGGUGAACAUCAGUGAGAACUCUGAAAGCAGAAACAGCAGACUGGAGGCUCAUAUGGAGAAUGUUCCUCCCAGUGUGGGUCCUUUGCUGAAAGUUCUUGUAUCUGCUUUAACCCCGAUCUACUGGACAGCUGUUUAUGAAUCAGCAGGAACAAAGAAUGGCUUCUCCAUCAGCCAGGGGAAUUUCAGACAGGAAUCCCAACUGGAGUUUCACACGGGAGAGAUCUUAAAGAUAACCCAUGUGGUGAGAGGUGUGGAUGCAGAGGGAGUUUUGCUAGUGGACAUGGUCAUUAAUGGAUUUAUUCCUGCAGUGUUUCUAUCACCGAUUUUCCAUCAGCAGGAUUUUGAUGAGUCGUAUGUACAGGUCGGCUCAGGUCAGCUUUACUCCUGGUCUACCCAGAAUUCUUUUCAGCGGGUUGUUGGCUCGGUACUGACUCUACGCUGCAAUCACUCGCUGGUGUUUGAUGGACCUUUAAAACGCUUCGGUCCUCUGCUGCAGCAAAUUCGACUGUCAGAUAUCAGGAGCUCCUACAACAUGUUCAACUUGAGGCUGGACUUUCAGAUCACAGCCACGUUGUCACUGCCAGAUGGAGAUGGAGAGACAUGUCCACAGGGAUUCCUGCUGGAUGAAGCUUCUUACUGCACCGAUGAGGAUGAGUGUGUAUCCGAUUCUUUGUGUUCUCACUCCUGCAUUAACAUCAUGGGGAGUUUCAGCUGCAGCUGUCCAUCAGGAUUCAACAUCAACACAGAGAGUAACAGCUGCCAAGAUAUAGAUGAGUGUGUGGACCUAUCUCACACGUGUCUCUAUAACGAGUUGUGUGUGAACACAGUUGGAAAAUAUCGGUGUGAGGUGAGGUGUGGGCCAGGAUUCAGACCCAGAACCGCCGGUACUGAGAACAUAAGCAGAACAGAUGGCUGUGAAGAUGUGGAUGAGUGUGUGGAGUCGUCUGUGUCUCCCUGCCAGCAUCAGUGCUAUAACACACUCGGCUCAUUCCGCUGCAGCUGCCUGCCUGGAUACCAGCUGGUGGGACAUCGCUGCUUUGAUAUAAAUGAGUGUUUGAGGAGUGUAUGUCCAUCUCACCAACAAUGCAAGAACACAGAUGGAGGGUAUCAGUGUUUUGACAGCUGUCCAUCAGGAAUGACUCAGGCUGAGAGCGGUGUGUGUGUGGAUGUAGACGAGUGUAAAGACGGCAGUCACAUGUGUCGCUACAGCCAAACCUGCCAAAACACACUCGGUGGAUAUGUGUGUGUGUGUCCAAGAGGCUACCGCUCUCAGGGUGUGGGCAAACCGUGUGUAGAUGUUGAUGAGUGUGCACAGUCUCCAAGUCCGUGUGGGUAUCAGUGCCGAAACGUACCUGGUAGUUUCCGGUGUUUGUGUCCCCCGGGGACUGUCCUGCUGGUGGACGGCCGCUCGUGUGCUGGACUCGAGAGAGGAAGUGUGUUUAGUAAUCGAACUUGGGUUCGAGCGGGACUUCAGCCCCAGUUGGUGUCCACAAGAGGUCAAACACUAACACUGCUACAGAACACACAGCAGGGGGCACCGUGGAGCAACUUACACACCUGCCCUCCUGGUUAUACAAGCAAAGCCGGUAGCUGUGUGGACAUUGAUGAGUGUGUGAUCAGAAAGCCAUGCCAACACAAGUGUCAGAACUCAGUGGGAAGUUUUCAGUGUUUUUGCCCUUCAGGGUAUCAGCUGAUGUCCAACGGUCAAACAUGCAGAGAUAUUGAUGAAUGCCUUGAGCACAGUGUGCAGUGUGGACCAAACCAAAUGUGCUUUAACACGAGGGGGAGUUAUCAGUGUUUGGACACUCCAUGUCCUGGCAGCUAUCACAGAGGAGGUCCAGGACUGUGUUACAAGCCAUGUUCUCAUGGGUGUGCUGCAGGAUCGUCUCUCCUCCUUCAGUAUAAACUCAUCACACUUCCUCUGGGAAUUCCAGCUCAACACAACGUCAUCCGACUGUCAGCAUUUUCCGAGUCUGGUGUUCUUCAGGAGAGAACAUUAUUCACCAUCCUCGAACAAAAUGGAGAGAUUACAGAACAGCUGUUUGGGAUUAAGGACGAGGCUGGAAGAGGAAUCAUCUUCACCACUCGCCCUUUAAAUCAGUCUGGUCUAGUGAAGCUGAAGGUCCAAGCAACCACACUCAACCAGCAAGGACAAAUCACCUACCAGAGUUUAUUCAUUAUCUACAUCUCAAUUUCUGCUUAUCCAUUCUGAUCCCUCUAUCUCCAGUUAUUCACACGUAUCCCUCCACCUCCACUCGUCCACACUGGUCCAUCAUUAGUUAGCGUUUUAUGUUACCAAAACUGAUUUCAUUAAAAAAAAUAUAUUCUUUAUUGGUUGAAUAUUUUUCUGAUUCUUUGUUAUUAUAAGAUUGUUUGUCGGAAUUACAAUAGAUGUUUAAAUGUUCACCUCUCAGUGCUCUGUGAUGUUUUUCAGUGUGUAUUAAUGUGUGUAUG